AGAAGGCUGCUCGUGAAGGUUCGUUUUGCCCGUCUUGAGGCUUUCUACGCCGAGUGAGUGGUUUCUAACUUGAGGUAGACUGUCUAUUCCUUGACGCCUACGUUCCCGGGAAAGCAUUGAGAAACCACGGACAUCGCAAGCUACCUGUGAUUGUUUGGGUUUACGGCGGAGGGUAUUCAAUUGGAUCUAAAGAUCUAGCAGUGGAAGAAGGGAUCUACGAAGGCACUAGCCUUGUGCAGCGUUCGGCUGGAGAUGCCAUUGUCAUCACUUUCAAUUACCGAGUAAGGCCAAUCUUGUUCACCCUAGGAUCACAGAAUCUAAAACUGCUAACAUUUUUCUGGAAAGCUCAGUGCAUUGGGCUGGCUGGCCGGGACCACAAUGGAAAACGAAGGAUUACCAAAUGCCGGUUUGCAUGACCAGCGUGCUGUUUUUGAAUGGGUAAGAGACUAUGUCCACCUACUGGGCGGAGAUAGGGACAGGGUCAGCGCCUGGGGAGAGUCUGCAGGCGGAGGCUCCAUUCUCAGCCUUAUCACCGCCAAUCAGGGAAUCAUCGACCCUCUCUUUCGACGUGCCGUUGUUAUGAGUCCCGGUCUUAGCUUCCCUGUUGACCGCAAAGGAUCAGUCGAGAAUCAGUUCAAAGCCUUCGCAUCACGCGCGGGCUGUGCCGGACAAGGACUAGCAUGUCUGAGAGCAGCUAAUAUUUCGCAAUUGAUUGAGGCUAGCUACAAGGAUCUGGGCCAAGUUGGCCCAACGCCAGAUGGGCGUGUGCUUAAGCAUGUAUUCUCUGUUGAUAUUGCUCAAGGUAAGGAGUCCAGGCCUAGUCAUCCAUAACUGUCAACUGACAUCUUCACCUCCAGGGAACUACUGGAGACAUCUCGACUCUCUCAUUAUCUCCCAUGUCUAUGAUGAAGGCAGCCCCUUUGUUGGCAAUGACAGCACUCUGGAAUCCCUUUCCGGCUAUUUGAAGUCGAGUUUCCCGACUUAUGCCACGGAAGCUAUUUCCACACUUGAGGACUACUAUCACCUGAAGAAGCCCUCCAACGAAUCUGUGAGCGCCAUUGGCUCAAGACUCAUCCGUGAUUCGUUAUUCACUUGCAAUAUACGCGAUAUACUCCGGGAAUACUCAAAGAAGUCCUAUCUCAUGCAGUACUCUCCCAAAGCAGCGACCCAUGGCCAAGACGUAUUUGCCCUCUGGUACUCCCCCAAGUUGUGGAAUGUUUCUAUCCCUCUUUUCAGCGGAUACCAGUCCUACUUUCUCAGUCAUGCUAUCACAGGUGACCCAAACACUCGACGGGAUCGUGAUAUCAAUCCACCAACCAUUGCCUGGCCGAGAGUCGGGGAUAUCAAUGCUGAGAAGCUUGAGAAUACCUUAGACGUGGUGGACACAGGGUAUAAACUCAUAGCCGACGACCAAGUCUUGAAGAGCACCUGCGAUCUCUGGCAAAAGCUCCUCCUAGACGUUACCAAGCAAGGGGGCUAUCUGGACAUUUGAAGCUAGCCACGUAAUCAUGCUACUUGCAUCGUCUGGACAUAAUAUCUCUAACUAGUUAGUCGGUUUUCUCGUUGAUCUCUUAUGUGUCCACUUUUGAAUUGAAUGCCAUAGCCCUUCUAGACAAUCUACUACAAUACCAUAAAGCAUGAGUCGAGGAUAUCACGACGUAGGGCCCAACCAUUCGAGACCUCACUCCCGAAGAUCACCAUUUUCCAUUAGAGCAAGCCGGGUAGAUUUCUCUGACAUUUCAAGGCAGGCCACAACGCCUUCACAUUGUCCUUAGCGUCGAUAGGCCUCCUGUUCCCGUUGGAUAACUUCAAUGUUUAUCUCAACCUCAUUAUCGCUGCUCCUAAUAUAGCGUAAAGGUCUUUUGAGCGCGGUGUCCUCGACACAAAUUACCAACCCCGACCUGCCAUAACCAAGGAUUUGCUCUUGAGGAGCGGCAAUGCCGUCAAGUUCAAGGACUGGUGAUGGUAUUCUAUUAAUGGCUACUUGAGAUAUAUAAUUGUCUGCAAGGAAUCCAAUUACUGCCAUUAACUACCCAACGGUGAGACAAGACAGCUACGCCCAUUAUUAUGCGGUAUGCUUAGUUACACCGCAGAAUCCAUGCAUUCAGUAGUUAGACGCUGGCGGAUGAUGCUCCUUACAAGGUGGCUAAUUGGCCCACCCCCGGAUGGAGAUGCAUAUAUGCAAUCCAAACCCCAGCAUCGAGAUUAUGGCCAUCGUGGAAGCUACAUAAGAGGUUGUUGUUGUUGAAGUCGUUGGAUUUGUCAGCCCUUCCACGUGAUCUUCUCUUCCGUCGAAUAAACAACGAUUAUCAAUUAAUCGUAACUAACUUGUUGGCAACUUCAAUAUACGGAUGUUGACAAACAAACAACGACGAAGGUGAAAUUUGCUAGUCAUAAAUCAAUAAGGAGUUAGAUCUUUAUUUAUUUCUUGAAGGAAAAACAAUAGGCUUUGCCAACUGGAUAAUACCACCCAAUGUGCUCGAAAUAUACCCUCCAGCUUCAUUAUAACCCGAUACAAAAUAGGGGAUUCACUCUUGGAUUGAAUAUUCCACAACUGGA